AUGCCGAAGCGGCCAGAGGGUGUGACACUACCAGUGGCUGUUGUGAUCAUUGUUUAUGACAUUGUUCACGCCUGGUUCACGACUCUGCACAAAUUGUUUACGACGCCCCGUAAAGAGACACGCCUUCGGAAUGAUCUCAAAUCUGCGAGUAACUUCGCCCAAUGGCGCAGUGCCGCUUUCGCGCUCGACAGCCAGCGAGACGUCUACAACUGGCGAGCCAAUCCGGUUGAUUCAUCAUAUGACCACUUGCGUCUCGAAGAACGUCGUCAAAAGCUCUACCGCUUACGCAUGAAUGAUGAUAUUGUUGCGACUGCGGCGCUCCUUCGUACUGGUUUCCUCCGAAACUUGUUCGGUAUCACCAAGGUCAGCCUGUAUAAUAAGACAUACAUCACAACCAAGGAAAGCAUCCGAGCCUAUGUGGAAGAGAUGAUUGCUGCCAUCAAGUUUGUGGCUGAUGCUUCGCCAGCGAUGACGUCCAGAGCUGGUAGGAUGACAGCACAGGAGAAGUUGGAGCUGUUUGAGAAUGGCCAGUGUAUGUAUGGAAGCACGGCAUUGGUUAUGGAGGGGGGCUCAGUGUUUGGAUUCUGUCACAUUGGCGUGGUCAAAGCGCUCUUUGAGCAUGACAUCCUACCACGAGUCAUCGUGGGGACUGCUACUGGCGCUCUUAUGGCAGCUUUGGUUGGCAUACACACCAAGGAUGAGCUCCCCAGGUUCCUGGGCGGAGACGGUAUUGACUUGAGCGCUUUCGCGGCUUCUCGAAGUCGAGCAAGGGAGAAGAGACUUGCAGCUCAGCAGAGCGUGCUUUGGAGCUGGUUGACGACGCUGAGUCGACGAGCUGGGAGGUUGUCAACUCAGGGAUUCGUACUUGAUCCAGGGGUCCUGGCUGAGUGUGUCGAAGCGAAUGUUGGUGAUAUGACGUUUCAGGAAGCAUACGACCGGACCGGGCGCGUGCUGAACAUCAUUGUCGCAUCGCCAAACGAUGAUGUACCCAACCUCCUCAACCACCUGACAGCUUCCAAUUGGCUCAUUCGCUCGGCAGCCAUGGCGUCCCAUCUAACGACUUUGUCUCGCCAUGAUGAGAUCAAGCUCCUCAAGAAAACAGCUCGUGGAGAGAUUAUUGCGGUGCCGAUUCGACCGUGUGGUUUGACCGGCAAGAAUGCUGGCCUUCCUCACUCGACCGGCGAAGACAAGACACCGCUGUCAAGAAUGCGGCAACAGUUCAACAUCGACCAUUUCAUCGUCUCACAGGCUCGACCAUAUGUUGCUCCUUUUAUAACACCCUCUCUGCCAUACGUCCGGGGUCGGGAUCUGGGCUUCUGGAGAUUUCUUCGCCUCCCACUACUCUUCAUUCCUUGGGCUGCUCGAUGGAUUGCAGCGUGUCUAGGCAUCUUCGGCAUGCUGCCAGCCUUUGUUCGCAGAAUUCGCAGCGAUCAGACAUUUGAGGCCGACUCCCUCACACUGGUCCCCAACAUCAGCGUGCGGGACUUGGGAUGGCUACUCAAGAACCCUACAGAAAAGGAAAUCAAAUUCUGGAUCACUCGUGGGGAAAGGUCUGUGUGGCCCGCUUUAUGCUGUUUGAAGGUCCGUUGUUGCGUAGAGGUGGCGCUAGAGCAGGCGCAUGAGAGAAUGAAGAGACGCAGUCUUAAUGGAGCUGCGGUGUUAUUUGAUUACUCUUCGAAGCCGCCGCCCGUUCAUUCGCUGGUUAUCAAUACUUCUCCUUUUGACCAGACAUCGACUAAGCUGAGGGAGAGAAGGCGGACGGUGGAUGAGGGAGAUGACGAUUCUCCCACCGAUGCUUGA